AAUUCUUUUGGGGUUUAAAAAAUAAUAAAAAAUAUGUUAAUUUAUUAAUGUACAUUGAACAUUAUUAAUAAUAUGAUUGAUAAAGAAGUAUAUUUUUGCGGAUGGGGAUCACUCAACAUUAAAAUAUAAAUUGUAACAAUAUAUAUUUGUUAAUUUUGUAGUUUAUAUAUUUAAAAUUUAUUUAUUCUGCAAGGUAGUUUGUACUACUUUGUCAGUAAUAUUUAGUUUUUUAUUUAAUUAAUGCCAGUGUGUUAAAUUAUUCUGUAACUUAUCCCAAUGAACUUUAUAAAGCUCUUAAUUCUUCAUUUCUGUCCAAUUAACCUCUUCCGGUUGAAUAUGCACGAGAAGUACCCUCAUAUCUUCAAGUUCUCCUUGAUAGAAGUCUUCAACAAGGCUUUGGCCAAGGAUGAAAAGGGAUACAACGUUAAGUUUCGGGAAUUCUACGAGAUUCCAGAUAAAGAUGAUGUUCAUAUCUUUAAUUAUUAUCGCUUUGAACAUUAUUUUAACCAUAAUCUCAAGGACAAGGAGUUGUCGUACUCUACUUUGAUUCAGAUGAAUAAACAUGGCUGCGUCUAUAAAACUGACGUUCCAGUUUACAGAGCACUUAACUUAUUUGUGGAAGGGAAAGUCUUGGAACACCACUACCUAUAUCAUACUAUUAUAAUUAUCAUAGUCACAACUUUAUCAUGUUUGCUGAGUUCCGUUCAAAUAUCCAAGAAUAGAGGUCUACAAUUUUUAUUCACGUCUCUGGUCAUCAUAGUUCCGCACCUAUUUGUUAUGUACCUAUUAAACGGAAUAUACGUGGCACUUGUGACUGUCCUACUGUUUUCAUACUUUUUUGUAAAAUAUAUAUGGAAAAAGUCUUGGAAAAAUUCUAUUGACGACUAUGAAAGAAACGGAUUUGUACCAUACGUUCACUUUUCAAGAGGAUCCCUAAUAGUUGCGAUUAUUAUAGCAAUUCUUGCCGUUGAUAACAUAUCAUUUAACCAAUUCAUGAGGAAAACAUACUAUGAUGGAUUCAGCGCAAUGGACAUUGGGGCUGGGUUCUUUAUAGCACAAACGGGCGCAUCAAUCGCUUUAAGUAGACGUCAAAAGACCCUCUGGACUAUUAUUAAGAAGAACAUCAUCAUUUUAGUAAUUGCAGUUGUACGAACGAUAUCUGUUGCACUACUGGGCUACGGUGUGGAUGAAAGGGAAUACGGUAUACAUUGGAACUUUUUCUAUACACUUGCAAUCACAAGAAUUGCCGUGGAUAUUAUUAAUCAAUAUUGCCACGAAUAUGUUAAGUACGCAUUGCCAUUCCUGAUUUCAAUAGUGUACGAGAUUAUCCUCGUUUCAACAGGAGCAAUCAACAAGUUGCCCAAUUUAGAUCGCUCAAACUUUAUAUACGCCAACAGAGAAGGUCUUUUGAGCAUCCCAAACUCUAUUAGUGCUUCGCUGUUUGUUUUAUUAGUGACCAAAGCGUCAAUUUACUAUUACAAAAGAGGGAAAAUAUUCAAAACAUUAAUAUCAUACUUCUUCUCUUGUUUUCUCUUUUUCACCGUAGCCAACGUUCUCUACUUUGCAAAGUUAAAGUCAUCAAGAUCUCUGGGCAAUUUCCGCUACUUGAUGUACGUAAUGUUCUUAUACACCUUUGGACUCGGUUCUGUGGUUUCAUUUGAGAUUGUUUACCCGAGGUACAAGGAGAAUGAUCUCAUCAACACUAUCGGAAGAUAUCCGCUGGUGGUUUAUCUCGUUGCAAAUCUCAUUACAGGAUUUGUCAACAUGAUUUUUAAACCCUACCUCAUGCCACUCCCCCUCUUCAUCAUUAUCCUCUUUGUUUACUUCUACCUCUCAAUAUCCCCCGCAUACUUCUUCAAGAAGAUGAAAUUUAAGUCUAUGUCCCAAUGGAUUUAAUAUUUUGGUACCACGCACCUUAAUAUACUAUAUGUUA